AUGGCAAAUCAAACUGCCAUUAACUUCCUUACGUUACCGGUUGAACUUGUCUACCGAAUUUUGGAUCGUCAAUCUGAUUUCACAAUUAUAUGUUCAAUGAGAAAUUCUCUCACCACGCUAAAUCUUGCGAAGAACAAAAUCGGUAACCUUGGAGCACAACAUUUGGCUGAUGCCUUACAAUAUAAUACAGUAGCACUCACCGGUCUAGAUCUCUCCGGCAAUCGAAUUGGUCAGGUUGGAGCGGAAUAUUUGGCUGGUGCAUUACAACACAACACAACAAUCAUCACUCUAGAUCUCUCGGGCAAUCAAAUCAGUCAUAUUGGAACACAGUAUUUAGCUGAUGCAUUACAACGCAACACGACACUUACCACACUAAAACUCGAAAAUAAUCCUAUCGGCGAGGAUGGAGCACAAUAUUUAGCUGAUGCAUUACAACACAACACAACACUCACCGGUCUAGAUCUCUCCGGCUGUCGAAUCGGUCAGGAUGGAGCACAAUAUUUAGCUGAUGCAUUACAACACAACACAACGCUGACUAGUCUAGAUUUCUCGAGCAAUCAAAUCGGUUCGGAUGGAGCAAAAUAUUUUGCUGAUGCAUUGCAACAGAACACAACACUUAUCAGUCUAGACCUCUGGGACAACGGCAUCGGAGAGGUUGGAGCACAAUAUUUGGGUAAUGCAUUACAACACAAUACGAUACUGACGAAUCUAGAUCUGUCGUGGAAUGAUAUCAAAGAUGUAGGAGCACAAUAUUUAGCUGACGCAUUAAAACACAACGCAGCACUGACUAGACUAAAUCUCCGAGAUAAUCGAAUCGGAGAACUUGGAGUACAAUAUUUAGCAUAUGCACUACAACUUAACACGACACUCAUCACUCUAGAUCUAUCGAAAAAUGAAAUCGGACAGAUUGGUGCACAAUAUUUAGCUGAUGCAUUACAACGCAACAAAAAACUUAGUACAUUAGAUCUCUCGUGGAGUCAGAUCGGACAGAUUGGUGCACAAUAUUUAGCUGAUGCGUUACAACACAACACAACACUCAGCAGUCUAGGUCUCUCGAAAAAUGGAAUCGGAGAGGCUGGAGCACAACAUUUGGCUGAUGCCUUACGAUAUAAUACAGUAAUUCGUAUUCUUUCUAUAUCUUUAGCUCUACUUUCUCAUCUAGACACUUAA